CAAGCGUUCCUAUGGAAACAAGUAAACUGUGCACAGGGAAGUGGAGACAUAGAAAAGAGUUGGGCGUAUGGACACAAAAGCCCUCUGGAGAAUGCACAGAGUGGGAAAAAGUCUGUUGAGGAGAGGUGGAUUUAUUUCCUCUCUGCCACAGGAGGAGAACUGAUGGUGAGUUAAAUACCAGAGAAGUGUGCUGUACAAGUUCUGAGAACUCCUGUCUCACACAAAACCUUCAGCCGUGACAUCACCAGUGUAACAGAAAAAUGCCACAUCCACCAAAAUCGGCUGCAAGCUGUGCCAAGAUGCAGACCAAACGAAGUGCAUGGACCCCUCUGAACCACCCACUGUCCAACACCAAGGUGUUUGAUGAGAGACGGAACCUUCUGGCAAAGUGGUUUGCCAGGUGGUCUGACAGCCAGAGGAAAGCUGUGCUGCAGGACUUCGUACUGGGUUGUUCAAUGGAUCAGCUGUGUUUCCUGAGCCUCAGUGUGAAUAGACGGCUCCCCCUACAGGCUGCAGACUUCACCUGCCUGCUGCCCCGGGCCCUCAGCCUCUACCUCUUCUCUUUUCUGGACCCCCGGAGCCUCAGCCGCUGUGCACAGGUGAGUUGGCACUGGAAGAGUAUAGUGGAGCUGGACCAGCUGUGGAUGCCCAAGUGUCUGAGGCACGGCUGGUGCAUCGACUUCUCACCGACACCGUUAGAACAGGGCGUCUGGAAGAGACAUUACAUCCACACAGUGCUGGAGCUGAGACGCAGUCCACCACAGAUCGCUUCGUCUCAGCAGCAGUUUGUUAUUCCAGAUGUAUCCACACUCCGCAGUAGACAUGAAGGUCAGUCAGAAGAGGCCUGCCUACUCAGUGAGGAGUGUUGCAUGUCCGCCUGCAGCACAACCAGACGACUAAAGAUGGAGAAACAGUCGACUGUAACACCGCCAUGGAGGGAUUCGGACAGAUGUCCUAAAGACACGCUCCGUUUCAACUACCUGGACAACCUGGACCCAAUCGAACAAGCCCUGACAGCGAAAACCAGGAGCAGAGGUAGCACCCGUCACAGCUCCACGCCAAAGCCAGACAAGGGAGGAAAGAAAAUGCUCUCUGAGACCCAUUACAAACUACGCAAGGCGAAAUCUCUGAUGUUCCUCAGCUCCAACUGCAGACCUCAUCAUCCUUCACCUCCUCCUCCUCCUCAUCAUCAUGACCAUCAUCACCUUCAUCAUCCCCAGAAUCCACCCCCUUGGGUUGCGCACAGUCCCGUCGAUAACGUUCCCCAGGAAUCCGCCCAGAGCCUGCUGAGGCUGGCCCAGUGGAAUGCUGGGAUCCGUCCGGGGCCGGUGAGGACGCCGGUGCCCAGGUUGAGUGUGGAGGCUCUCAGGGCGUCCCAGCGCUCACACAGGAGCCUUCCUAGUACACCACUGUUUGAGGUUUAACCUUGGACUGGAAAUGAAGAGCACUCAACAUCACCCCCUGCAGGAAACUGUCUGAACUGCAGUACCAAGAUUCAGGAGACAAGAAUGAGAACUGGACGCCUUGACAACUAUCAUCAGUAAAACCAAUGAAUGAUUUAACAUGCUAUAAUUAUUAUUUUUUUAAAGGUUUGUAUUUUGUAUUGCUUUUGACAUUCCUCUGAAGAUGGAGACAUAAAAAGAAAAUUAAC